AUGCGGGGAAAGCUGCUUCCAGGGAGAUUCAUAUUCGUGCUGUGCAUUUCGAGCUUCCUGGCAGGAUCGCUCUUCACGGGCCGAACAUGGACUGCUCACCCAUCUCCCGACACCGACGGACAAAUGCCGACGGCGCAGGAUUGCGACCACAAGCGCAAACUCGUCGAGGAAGAAUCCGGCGAUAUGGCGGCGGAAGUCACCAAGACCCACCAGGCCAUCAAGUCGCUUGACAGAACAAUGUCGAAACUGGAGACGGACUUGGCCGUGGCUCGUGCAGGCCAACUCGACGGCCGUGCUUCGGAACACAGUGCGUCCUCAUCCAACCUCAGUCUCGCGAAGGCCUUCGUCGUGGUCGGGAUCAACACGGCGUUCAGCAGCAAACGGAGGCGAGAUUCACUCCGGCGAACGUGGUUGCCUAGAGGAGAGAAGCUGAAGAAGCUGGAGAAAGAGAAAGGGGUGGUGGUGAGGUUCGUGAUCGGGCACACCGCGACGCCGGGCGGGGGCCUGGACCGGGCGAUCGACGCGGAGGACGCGAGGCACCACGACUUCCUCAGGCUGGACCACGUCGAGGGCUACCACCGGCUCUCUUCCAAGACCCGCCUCUACUUCUCCACGGCCGCCUCGAUCUGGGAUGCCGACUUCUACGUCAAGGUCGACGAUGACGUCCACCUGAACCUUGGCAUGCUGGUGAGCACAUUGGCGAUGCAUCGGUCCAAGCCGCGGAUCUACAUCGGGUGCAUGAAGUCCGGUCCGGUUUUGUCACUAAAGGACGAAAAAUACCACGAGCCGGAGUUUUGGAAAUUCGGGGAAGAAGGGAACAAGUAUUUCCGGCACGCCACCGGCCAGCUCUACGCCAUCUCCAAGGACCUCGCUUCCUAUAUUUCCACUAACUCGCCCAUAUUGCAUAGAUACGCGAACGAGGACGUUUCGGUGGGAGCCUGGUUCAUCGGCCUGGAAAUUGAACACGUGGACGAGCGCUCCAUGUGCUGCGGGACCCCUCCAGACUGCGCAGCGAAGGCGGAGGCUGGCAACGUGUGCGUGGCGUCAUUCGAUUGGUCAUGCAGCGGCGUGUGCAAAUCCGUGGAGCGGAUGGAGAAGAUCCACGGGCUGUGUGGGGAAGGAGACGGCGCUCUUUGGGAUUUUCACCUGCUGACCCCGGAAGAUGAAUUUGCAGCAACUUCGUUGAUUAUGCUUGAUGCUAUCUGUGGAGUGAGAGGACUAAUUUGA